GGUCGGUCCAGACAAAUCAACGGGUCGGGUCGGGUCGGACCGUUGUGAUUAAUGUGUCGGUCCGGGCGGGCCCACCUAGCUGACGGGUCGCAACGGGUCGGGUCGGUCCAUGAAAAGUUGGACCGUUGCGACCCCUGAUAUACAGGCUAGAUCUAUGUCUGUACGUGAAGAGGCUCGCCUCUCUAUGGCACCACCAAGGUAGUGCUUGGUCGCGAGAGCAAUUAUUAACUGGUAAGCAAAAAUUUUCAUUCCAAUCAAUUCUUAUUUUCUUAUUUCGUUUUAGUUCAUCUCGAUUUCUUCAACAGCAAAGUAAUUUCACUUAUCUUAUUCCAAACAAAUAAAAUUAAUUGUUAUUUUUAUGUUUUAGUUCCAUUCAACAAACAAUUCAAUCCAAAUGGACACAAAUGUAA